GCGAACGAAAGCACGCAGUCAACACAACUGCUGCAAGCUCCGCUCAACUCAACAAUAGUGAGAUCGGCGUGUCCGCGAGUGCUUCGUCACAACAAUCGCUCGGCCCAACAAUACAGUGUGUGAUGCAACCGCAGUGAUCGGAUUUACCUUUCGCCAGAAACGAUGCCGCAGCCGGAGGUGUGCAGCAGCGAGGGCGACGCCGAUUCCCAACGCGCAAUGUCGGACACGCAGUCCGAACCGUCGUCCGAGGAGCUGCUGAGCGACCUGGGCUCGUCGCACGGCGGCACCCACUCGCUGUCGCCGCGCUCCAAGCCGAUGAAGCUGCGGGGCCCGGCGCCACCGCCCAGCAACCCCUUGCAGUUUGUCAAGAUCAAACCGCCGUCGCACUUGUACACGGCGCCGCCGGCCCCCAAGCCGGUCGUCGAGCGGGUGCGCAAGGAGGAAGCGGAGGACUGGCAAAAUGACCUGGACGGUUGGAAAGCCAAUCGAAGGAAACGACAGGAGCAGCUCGUCGAAAGGGUUUCCGAGUUCAAGAGGCAAGACAGCGACCCGGGAUCCGGCUCCAGAAAAAGCAAAACAUUCAGCGAGAUGAUGAAGUCACGGAAACACAACUUGGUGUUGUACGAUGAUGACAACGAAAUCAACUUUUCCGAGUUAGGCCUCAGCAGCGCCGACAAGAAUAAGGAGCAGCAGGCCUCCUCGCUCGAGCACCAGUUUGAAGUUAGCAACAAUAAUAACACUAGCGCAGAGCCGAAUGGACAGCACUCUGAGACGAAGAAGGAGAGCAAAGUCAAGGAAAUCGUUUCUGAGCGGAAAACUACAGUGGUCGAAGAGGAGUGCACAUAUGAAAAAGCGAUAAAGGACUACGCAGAGUUCUCGUCGACGCGGUUAAGCGCGAGCAAGCCAUCCGCGGAAAUCGUGCAGCCGCCCAGUGAAUUGAACGUCAACAAUAACAACAACAACAUCAACAAAGAGGUGUCCAACAAAAAAUACGCGGCGACUGCUGUGAAGGAAGUCAAAGUGGUGACGGAGACCAUCAUAGCGAGCGACUCGGACGAGUUUUUGGACACGGAGGAAGAGCAGCAAUUGCAGCAGCCGGCGCCCAAACUGGAAGAGCCUGCUCCCAGAGCUGCUCCUGUGAUCAAGUCCAGCGUCGUCAAGAAACUGUCAGGCUCCGCUUCAGCCUCCAUGUUUACUAGAACGGAUCAUUUUAAUCUUCACAACAAUAACAAUCAAGAUAUCUUCAAAUCAAAAGACGAACCCAGCUUGCCCACGUCACCACUGAGCCCGAGCUCUUCAACCAACCGCUUCGAAAACCUGGAAAUCAAACCGAUCACAGACAAAAUCAGCAAGUUCGAGAAGUCCAUCGAAGAGUCGGUGCUGUUCAACCCGCCCACCAAGAAGCACAGGCCGCCGGUGCCGUCGAAGCCCCCCAAGACGGCCCCUCCUGCCCCUCCAGUGCCCUUGAUGGCCCCUCCCCCGCCCUCAGUCUUCCCUACAGCGCCUCUGACGGCACCUCCCCUGCCGUCAGUGCCCUUGAUUGCCCCUCUCCUGCCCACGGUCGCCCCUCCAGUGCCCCUGACGGCCCCUCCCCUGCCCAUGUUCGCCCCUCCAGCCGUCCCCAAGGAGGUGGAGGAGCCUGUGGCUGCAAUGCCCGUCUCGCCGGGCAGCAGCGUCUGCAACGACGUUCCCGACGCUGUCAGGCCGAUCACAGAGCUGCCCAGGGCACUCAGUCCCAGGGACAGGUCGCCCAUGGGUGGAGAGGACUCUGGAGUGCACACGGCUGAUAGUGUCAGCCAAUCUGAUGAGGUGGAAGAAGAAGACCCCACAGCUCCUGGAUCGGUGUCUUCCGGCCUCCUCGACAUUAUCAGUGCCCCAAUUGUCGACCACGAGCUUUCCGCUCUUUUGGCGCCUCCAACAAAAAUGGAACCGCCCAGAGAAAAGCCGCCCCCGCCGCCUCCGGUCGGAACUGCAGAUGACACUGAAACGAUGAGAAAGUGCUUCCUGGGACUUGAAAUCACAAAGACGCCUCCUCCAGUUCCGCCGCCGGUUCCUCCACCGCAAACGAACGAAAAGAAAGACGAAUUCCUGAGCAACCAGCUGAAGGAAAAGCUGCUGAAGCUGGAGGAAGAGAAGAACAACGUGAUCAACCUGGAGAAGAAGGUCACUGCUGAGAGACUGCCUCAGAUUGUGCAAGAAUACACCCUCAGCGCUCAGGAGAGACUGGCCGCGGAGCGCGAGGCGCUUCGGCUGGAGCGCGAGAUGCUGCAGCAGGCGAAGAGCAAGCAGCUGGACAGCCUCUCGUACAGCAAGCUGAAGCUCGGCAUGCGCAGCCUGGAGAGCCUCGACAUCAUCCCCACGGAGCCGGAGGGCCGCGAGACCCCGCCCGAGGACUACCACACUGCCAAGAACACGCCCGUGUCCGGCUCGCCCCUGAAGGUGCAGCGCAAACAGGACCAGCACCACGACUACGCCAACUUGCCCCCCGAGAAGCCGCAGCAGCAGCAGCCGCUGCCGCAGCCGAGGAAGACGCAGGUCGAGGAGCACGUCCAGAAGCAGGAACGCACCUACGUCAACCAGGCAUUCUUCCAACCACCGCAACCUAGGUACUCGAGUUUAUAUGAGGAUCCCUUCAGCUAUGACAGCAAACCAGAGCCAGUAGUGUACAGGAAGAAGUCGGGGCCGCCGCCGCCCGUCAAACCGACCAACAGACACUCGACCAGCGCCCUUCUCACAAGAAACUUCUCCGCCGACUCGAUUUUGGAGAGCGUGGACGACGGGGGCAUCGCAGCGCCGGCGGUGCCCCGGCGCGACGCGCUCGCGGCCCGUCCGUCUCUACCGCUGAGCUGCUCGAUGAGCCAGCUGCCGAAGCAGCCGUCGACGGCGCCGUCGUCGCAACAGCCGCAGCUCAAGAGCCAGCGGCCGCGCAGCUCGAGUGCGUUCGGCCUGGCCAACUACCACCAACACUGGCUCGUCCAGGAGGCCGAGCACCGCAGGAUCACCGAGCAGCAGCAGCGGCAGGCGGCGAAACAGCAGCAGCAACCGCAGAAACACCUUCCUGAUGCCAUAAUCAUGUCACUCACGCAAAGAGUUCAACAGAGGCAAAAUAGUCAGUUGCCGCAGAGGACGUCUCCACAGCGAAGUUUGCCGCAGAGAACGUCAAAUGCAAAUGUACCUCCUCCUGCUGUCCAGUCGAUGGACGACAAAGUGCUUAGUGUCAGCGGCAAGAAAAAAUGUUCCCACUGCAAUCUUGAGCUCGGGCGCGGGGCGGCGAUGAUAAUCGAGAGUCUGCGGCUGUUCUACCACAUCGACUGCUUCAAGUGCUGCGUUUGCAGCGUGCAGCUGGGCGACGGCCUCAUGGGCACGGACGUGCGGGUGCGCAACGGCAAGCUCCACUGCCACUCGUGCUACUCGAGCGACGACGGGGUCAAGUUCAGCUGUGUCUGAGUGCGGUGUCCACUUUGUUUUACUGCUUCGUCGUCGCGAGCGACAAUCGAUUCUGCCACCCGCUUUUUUAUUCAUGUAUUAUUUUUUGUUCGUUCUUCGUGUACAUAUUCAAAUUUUCGUUUUGUGAUACUUGAUGCGGAUUGAUCGUCUUGAAUUAGCUCAGUACAAAGUGUCUAUAUACAUUUGUAAAUAAAAUUUUAAAGACCGACGGCGGUGUAAAAAAGAGAGAGAAUUUAUCUUUAAGUGUAUAGGGACUAUUCCAAUGAGUAACUAUGGACGUUGCUUUUUUACAUUAUAACAUAUUUUAUUUUACAACUUGACAAGAAGUGUAUAAUUAACAGCAUCAAGAUGUGUACGUACCAUUUCUGUUGACAAUCUUUAAAAACUGUAACACGAUCCAAUAAAAAUUUAAGUACCAUAA